CAAGACACCUGUGCCAUGAACUCAUUUCGGGCCGUGUAAUAAGACGCGGAAGGACUGCUGCAAGAACAACUAGCAGUGAACUUGAGGAGCGGUUACGAAACGGUGUCUUGGUGUGGUUGUGUGUAUGGUGAGUUCAACGCCUCAAACAACAAGAAAAACUAAGGACUUUUGUGGACGGAUGAAAGAUGGUGCACCAUACUCUUGCAAUAAGUCUGAUUCUAGUCGUAGUGAAUAUAUAUGGAAGUUUAGGAAGGAUAGCGUUUGAAAAACUAACAGACUUCGAUUAUCGAGGAAACACAUAUUACACCGUAAAAAAUUUAAGUCUUUAUGAGUGUCAAGGUUGGUGUCGUGAAGAGCCCGAUUGUCAAGCUGCAGCUUUUAGUUUCGUGGUAAAUCCUUUAAUACCCGUCCAAGAAACGCUUUGUCAACUUCAGAAUGAAACUUCAUCGAAUAAUCCGUCAGCGGUACCACAACGUUCCGUCAAUAUGUACUACAUGACCAAGUUGCAACUACGUUCAGAGAACGUUUGUUUGAGACCUUGGGCUUUUGAACGCGUCCCGAAUAAAAUGAUAAGGGGCUUGGACAACGCCCUUAUUUACACUUCAACUAAAGAAGCUUGUCUUGCGGCUUGUCUCAAUGAGCACCGUUUCACCUGCCGUUCGGUGGAAUACAAUUAUGUGACUCUCCAAUGUCAAUUGAGCGACUCUGAUCGACGUACCACUGGUCAAUUUGUGCAAUUCGUAGACGCACAAGGUGUUGACUAUUUCGAAAAUCUGUGUUUAAAAGGAAAUCAAGCUUGUAAAGGCAACCGAAUCUUCCAAACGCCUCGAAUUGGAGUCGCUGACGAUAAAGUAGCACAAUACGCUUCUUUGCAUUAUUACACCGAUAAAGAACUACAAGUGACAAGUGAAGCGGCUUGUCGUUUAGCUUGCGAAAUCGAAAACGAAUUUCUUUGUCGAUCGUUUUUGUACAAGGGACCUCCACAAGGCUCACAAUACAACUGCCAGUUGUUCCACCUUGACCACAAAACUUUACCGGAUGGACCUAGCACUUAUCUAAACGCUGAACGACCUCUCAUUGACAACGGGGAACGAAUUGGGAGUUAUUUCGAAAAUUCGUGCGAAAAAACGGUUUCACCAUCUGGGGCUCCCUCUGAUAACACUCUCCCUGUAGUGUUUGAAGCUACAGAAGACCCGACUUUGAACAACUUGACCCGAAGUGAUGUCAAUUGUGACAAAACUGGAACUUGCUACGAUGUUUCAGUCAAUUGUAAAGAUACCAAAAUCGCAGUUCAAGUCAGGACCAACAAACCGUUCAAUGGCCGGAUUUAUGCUUUAGGACGUUCAGAAACUUGUAAUGUUGAUGUUAUCAACAGUGAUCUCUUCAGAUUGGAUUUAACGAUGACGGGACAAGAUUGUAACACGCAGUCGGUGACCGGUGUGUAUAGCAAUACUGUUGUUUUGCAACACCACAGUGUUGUUAUGACCAAAGCUGAUAAAAUCUACAAAGUCAAGUGCACGUACGAUAUGUCGUCGAAAAAUAUCACCUUCGGAAUGAUGCCAAUCAGAGAUCCUGAAAUGAUUAGCAUCACCUCAGCUCCUGAAGCGCCACCUCCAAGAAUCCGCAUCUUGGAUAGUCGGUCUCGUGAGGUGGAAACAGUGCGAAUUGGAGACAAACUCACUUUCAGGAUUGAAAUUCCCGAAGACACACCGUAUGGUAUUUUUGCGCGAAGUUGUGUCGCAAUGGCUAAAGAUUCUAAAAGUACGUUCCAAAUUAUUGAUGACGAAGGAUGUCCGGUUGAUCCCAGCAUCUUUCCUGCCUUCACUCCCGACGGAAAUGCUCUCCAAUCAGUGUAUGAAGCUUUCCGUUUCACGGAAUCAUACGGCGUGAUUUUUCAAUGCAAUGUCAAGUAUUGUCUGGGACCGUGCGAAGCUGCUGUGUGCGAAUGGGGACGGGAUUCGAUCGAAUCUUGGGGUAGGAGAAAGAGAUCUGUGAGUAAUACAACCGAUGAAGAAAAGGAAGAAGACAUGACUUUGAGUCAAGAGAUCCUAGUUCUUGAUUUUGGAGAUGAGAAACAAUCGCAGUUUCUCAAAAGCAGCGAAUCGAGUGCUGAUUUCGGUAAAGAUAAAACAGUAACGAUCAUUGAACCGUGCCCCACCAAGACUUCAGUGUUAGCCUUGGGUGUGACUUGUGCCUUAUUAGUUCUACUUUACAUCAGUACGCUGUUCUGUUACUACAUGAAGAAGUGGUUAAAUCCCGGGAAACACAUCGCUUGAAGAUUUAGAGACACUUUGGUGCUUUAAUCAAGUUUGAUCUUUCGGUUGAGUUGACGAGCAGCAUUGUUAGUUCUGUGAUAUCGUUAACUCGAGAUGAGAUAUCAAAUAGGGAAUUCCCCGACUCUACAUUAUGCAAUAUGUAUUUUUUAAGGAUUUUUUUUCGGGAAGGUGGCGGCCUUGGUGAUGGAAGCUUUAUUUUACCGUUGCAAAAGUUAUACUUUCUUGAUCUCUUAUUAAAACUAAUUUGCACUGACUCUCGUUCCUAGAGCAAAUUUUGUAACGGUAAACAGUCUAAUUCGUGUACUUAUUUAUUUUAUUUAUUUACUUUUUUGUAUAUAUCUCGACUAGGCUAACAUUAUUUAUAUCGAUUAUUUUAUACACGUUCUCAA